AUGGAAACGUGUCUGGAUGUGACCAAUAUUGUUCAAGGAACUAUUGUAAGUGAAAAUUUCAGAUUUUGGCUGGAAAUCUGAAUUCUACAUGAGUUUCUGAUCAUUUUCAUAUAAAUUAUGUCUUCGCAGGAAUCUCUGCGUAUUUCACCUAAUUAGACUCCAAAAAUCUGAAAUUUUCAUCCUAAGCUCAAUUUUUCAGAUCUCAAAAUGGAAAAUUGAAAAAAAGUUGACACAAGGUGAUUUUUGCCAUAUUUACAAAGUUUCUGGAGCCGCAAAAUCGGAAAAAUUCGCACUGAAAUGCGAAAAUGUGGAUUUAAGUCUGCAAAUGUUGAAAGUUGAGAGUUUUGUGAUUCAAAAUUUGAAAGCUUGCAAGAAAAAACGACAUUUUUGUGAAAUUGAGGAUAUUGGAAAAACACAAGGAAUUCAUUAUAUUGUUAUGCAAUUAUUAGGAAGACCACUUGUUGUAAGUUGAGAGGAUACUGUAAGAGUACUGUAGAUUGUAGAUUUUUUUUUGCACCAAAACCACACUAAAUCAUCGUAUUCGGUUUCAAAAUGAUCCAAAAAUGUCCAUUUUUUCCAGGAUUACAUGAAAUUCGGUCAAAUUUCUCAAAAUUGUGCACUUCUCGUCGGAAUUCAAAUUUAUGAAAGUCUAGAAGAUUUACACAAUUCCGGAUUUACACCGUGAUAUAAAACCAUCGAAUUUAUGUUUUGGUCGGUCAGAUCGAGGAGAAUUGAACAAAUUAUUUUUGUUGAGUUUUUCGAUUGCUAGAAAAUAUUUGGAUGAAAAGGUUUGGAAACAAGAAAAUUGAAAGUUUUUAGGCUUAUUUGAUCUCAAAAAAUCCCUCAUUUUUUUCUUUCUAGGGUCAAAUUCGAUCAGCUCGUGAUUCUGUCGAAUUUCGUGGAACUCUUCGCUACGCUUCUCUAAAUUGUCACAAACUUGUCGAACUUUCUCGAAAAGAUGAUCUCGAAUCGACAUUUUAUGUGAUCAUUGAAAUGAUAACCGGAAAUUUGCCAUGGAAAGGUUUCAACGCCGAUCAAAAUGCCGUGUUUUUGGCGAAAAAUGCGGCAAGAAGCGGUGCGAAAUUGCAGGAAUUUCUCAAAAAUGCACAAUUUUUGAGAGAACUUUUGCAGAUAAUCGAUAAUUUGACAUAUUUUUCGACACCUGAUUAUCAGCAAAUUUAUACGAUUUUACGCAAAAAUUUGAGGAAUUCACAAGAAAAACGUUUGGAUUGGGAAAAAGGUGGAACUUUGUUUUUAGAGGAUUUGUAA